UGGUUUAUUUGGCAUGAGCAGAUCGCACAAUUCAGGCUGUUGGAUAAUUAUUUCAUCAUUAGUCUAUAUGUUUAAAUAAACUUUUUGGAGCACAUCGUCACAGUUAUCCAAAUUGGAAUUUCAGUUAUCAGCUGGAACAUUCACCAAGCGAAACGAUGGACAGGUAUCAAUACGCUCGACACGGAAUAGCCGGUUCUUGAACUUAUUCACUCAUGACAAGCUUUUUUCAUGUUUGUUGAAGAAUGUCGUAUUACGCACUGAAACGCUUAUGUUAUCUGAGGGCUUUAGAGACCUGCCAUGGGCUAAUACUGAACGCGCGCAUGGAUCAAUGCAAGUUGGCAACUUCAGACUAAAUGUUUUCCAAUAAACAUUGUGGAUGGAUUUAAAAAAAUAAGGUAGUCUAAUCAAUCAGGAUAACUGCCAAAAUGAGGGAGCUUGUUCUUCUUACUCUUUUUCUUGAAGUUUACGCACAGGGCAUUCCCCCAGAAUGUGAACCUCAUACCAUUCUGGUCAGACAAGAGGAAAGCUGUUACGCCAAGCUGCAGAAAUAUAACUUGUCUAAACCUGGAUAUACUCAAGCAGGAUGCAGAGGCAUGUGGGACGAGCUGAACUGCUGGCCUCACGCCCUGAUUGGAGAGAUGGUGUCCCAGCCCUGUCCCAAAUUCCUCAGAAGCAAAGGGAAGGUGUUCCGGAAUUGCACGGCUAAGGGCUGGACAGAUGCCUUCCCACCCCAUGUCAUUGCCUGUGGGUACGCCUUCAACGACUCCCUCGUAGACAUGCCUCAAUCCCACAAGUACUUCCUGUAUGUGAAGACCAUGUACACGGUGGGCUACGCUGUCUCCCUCGUGUGCCUGGCUGCUGCUAUCUUCAUACUCUGUCUGUUCAGAAAACUGCACUGCAUGAGGAACUACAUCCACAUCCAGUUAUUUCUGUCCUUCAUCCUGCGGGCAGCCUUCAUCUUCAUCAGGGACUCUGUGCUCUUUUCCAACGAGGACUUAUACCACUGCGACUCAUUCCCGGUAGGCUGCAAGCUGGUGGUGAUGUCCUCACAUUACUGCAUCAUGGCGAACUACAGCUGGCUGCUAGUCGAGGGCCAUUACCUGCACACACUGGUCCGCAUCUCCUUCUUCUCUGAGAAGAAGUUCUUCUGGUGGUACAUCGUGUUGGGCUGGGGUUUGCCUAUGAUUGUUAUCGUGGGUUGGGGCAUGGCCAAAUAUUUUCAUGAAGAUGAAGGGUGUUGGGAGAUGACAAAUCACUAUUGGAUCUGGUGGAUUCUCAGAGUUCCUGUCCUGCUCUUCAUCAUUAUUAACUUGAUGUUUUUUCUGAGUAUUUUAAGAAUCCUGGUGGGAAAAUUAAGGACAUCAGAUGAGCAUGCCAGUGAUUUUAACCAAUACAAGAGGCUUGCAAAGUCCACCUUCCUCCUAGUCGCUCUCUUCGGCUUGCAGUAUGUCCUCUUCGCUUUCGUCCCAUUCAGCCAAAUAUGGAACUCUGUGGAGGUGGCUCUCUCCUCCGUUCAGGGCUUUGUUGUUGCAGUUCUGUACUGUUUUCUCAACGGGGAGGUGCAGUACGAGUUCCAGAGAAAAUGGCAGCAGUGGAGGCUGAAGCAGCACCUGCACGGGGAGCCCAGACCACACCACGGCUCCAUCAGCCACAGCGGCCUGGCCCUCACCCAUGUGUCCCUGCUCCACCGGGGCUCCACCACCCAGCAAGCCAGCCAGGUGUAACCAUGACAACGCCCAAGGCCGUGGUCCCACCCACCUGCUCCCUGUCCGGACUGCUUUUACUCUGACAGAGCUCAGAAUCUGCUACACCCAGAGACUCAAGGAUCUCUAUCUGAGAAACCUUUAUCUCCCGUAUAGCUCAAAACUAAUGCUGGCUCCCAGCACUGUGUCUGUGUGGGAACGGCAUAUGUGCCAGAGGCUCCAGGAGCCAGCAUAUAUACCACAAACAUCUUCUGUUCAAUCUUUCACUUUAGAGGGCCCAUAGCGCUAGAUGCUGCUUGACACUCUUGGAUCUUGUUCCUGGGAUCAAACCACAAUCUCUGAGCCUAUGCGCACAGGUAGAUUUAGAGGGAGUUGUAUAAAACCCAUGAAGAUUUUGAGAUCUAUGCUGUUUUUAAGGGGAUGAGGUUGCCCCCAGAUAGUGCAGCAUCACAGGAAGGAAACUGGACAGAGGCACAUUGUCAAUCCAUCUUUAGGACCAGGUUCUUAGAACUUAGAACUGGAGCCAGCACCACCGAAUUUAAAUGCAUUUUGUCCCAAAUGUUCUCCUGACCUUUCAGUAAGUGAAUCUUGUAAACUGGCCCAGCUGACUGUGGAUAUGUGUUACUGGCUUACAAUCCUUCACAUUGCCAACUGUUCCACUUAAUCUAUUAUCAGAAAAUGCCACAAUUCUUUAAUUGGCAUCACUUGGAAAGGCAGGGAGAAGCCUGUCAGUUGAUGGAAGUGACAAUCUGUGUGAAUAUCUGGGUUAAUACACAAACUUCACUCUGCUGCACUGUUAUAAUUUGCUCGAUUUUUAUUUUGCCAUAUCUCUGUCGUUCUCUCAACUAAAUGUAAAUGUAAUGUCAUUUUCACUGACCCAUUACUGAAUAAUCCAGAGAAAUGCUGAAUAACCUGGUGACUUCAGUACU